ACAAAACAGACACGCGUAAACGGAAUUCAAUUCCGGAAUUUCCACUAGUUUUGCCGCAGGAAACUGUUAAUUUGUAGUUUAAGUGAUUGAAGUUGUUUGCGAAACAUGAUCACAUCCGAAACAAACCGAGCAACGAUAGUGAAAGGCCGGCUUCUUCGCGAAAACGGCAUCAAAGUUUUGGACGAAUGGCUCACCGGAUGCGUUUCAUUCUGCUUACAAGAAAAUCCCAAAAUCUCCAACGAAUCGCUGUACAAAUUCACCUUCGAACAGUGGUUGCUGGCCGACCUGGCCGAAAUUGGCGUUUCCUGUCUACCGGAAUCGGUGGACACCGAAAUAAAAUGCUUCACCCUGAGCGGACAGUAUCCGCUGCAGCUGAACUUUCUCCUAGAUAUUUCGGAAUCAUGUUACGAUCAGUUGCGAAAUCUUUACAACAAAAAGCUAGACGAAGCAGACGAUGAAAUCCAGAUGCGCAAAAACGCCAACCAACACGUGAAGAAAAAGCGAAUGUUGAAGCUGGAACUGACCGAUGGAAAACGAACGAUUGUUGGGAUGGAACACAGUCCGAUUUCGGUGUUGAACACCAAACUACCACCGGGGGUAAAAAUUCUUGUUAUGGGACCAAUAAAAUGCAUCAAUAGGGUUUUAUUUUUAGAACCUAAGAAUAUACGGGUUCUAGGGGGGGAGGUUGAUACACUCCUAAUUACCAAUGCCUUCGAGAAUAUUCUCUUGAAGGCCUUGAAUCAACCCUUGAAUCCGACUCCUAGGACCGAGUAUGAAGAAGUAGUAGUGGAACAAAAUCGUAAAAAUGCCUACAACAAUAUUGCUGCUGUUCCGAUGGUAUUUGCUUCUCCAGCAAAACCGACCCCGAACAGACACAACGGACAAUCGAACGACGAUUGGGAUGACGAUAUGUUCCUCGGUAUCAAUCUGGACGGUAUUGAGCAACCUAACAGUAAACCACCGGAACAAGUUCCAACUAUCAGCACUCUAAUGGAUGAUGACGACGAUCUAGAAAUCAUAAACGUCCCAGAAGAGGAAAUCAUGAACCAGCAGGUUUCCUCUACUAGAACUUCUCAACCAUCUCCACCGGUUAGGCAAACUCCUCGGAAGCGAGUCAACUACCGGUUGCCUUCGUUUGACGGCCCAGAUGACGAUAUAGACGCCCUUAGCAAUCUAGAAAAUGAAAUCCGCAACGAGCAAAUGCAAGCGCCGUUCCUGGAAGACGAACCAGAACCUCCUAUGUCUUCACCGGCAGUCGUACAACCUACAAAACGACCUCGUGUGUUUCCCGAAGAUCCAAAAUCCCCUCCCAAGAAACCUUCAACAUCGGUUACCGCCAUCGAUGAUGGCCAACGACCAUCGACGAGUAAAAAUUUCGACAAGUGCUCGGUAUCAGCCUUUUUCGAUGACAGUCUCGAUGGAGAUGACGACGCCUUCGAAGAACCUGUAGUACAAUCGCAACGGGAUGACAUUUGCUCCCCGAGGUAUCGGUUCCAAAUCGAAGGCUACAGUCUAGUGACAGUAACGCAGAUCAGUCAACUGAGCGAUGCCCAGCGAGAUGAGAUGACUUUCGUUGUAUUUGGGGAGGUUGAGGAAGUUUUUGAACGCAUUCGGGUUACCGAUGAGGGUUGGAAACUGGGCGUGAUGGUGACGGAUCGAUCCGAGCGGGUGUUGCCGGUACGCUUCCACAGUUCCGUUAUCAGUUCUAUGGUUGGGCAUGAGGCUAGUGAAAUUCAGCAGAUGAAAAGGGCGAAGAACCCCCAAGUGAUGAAACUGCUUGAAGAGAUUCUGGUAACAUUCAAAAAUCAGCUUCAAGAGCUGCGGUGCUUUAUUCGUGUUCGGUACCACAAGGGAAACGACUUUCCUUUUGCGAUGGAGCUGUACGAGUGCACACCGCCCCGGCUAUCGAUCCUGUCAGACAAGAUCGAACGGGAAAACGCCAGACACUUGCUGGAACUGAUGCCAACCAACGGCUAGGGUCGAAUGUGAUAUCUUCUGUUGAAUGAGGUAAGACUUUUUUUUUAUUGUCUUUAGUUUUUAUGUUCGUAACAUGUUGUCCUUAAAAAUAUAUGUAUAUAUUUAGCCUAA